GUCACUGCUUCAGCCACAUUAUCCAUAUUGGGUUGUACAAUUGCACAGCAAUUCCAUCAGCAGCCAGAGCCAUAGCACACACUACAUCGAUUCGCAUAAAUUGCAUUUCGUAUUAUUAACCUAGAGGCAUCAUGUUCGAGGCACGUUUGGGACAAGCUACAAUUCUGAAGAAGAUUCUCGACGCCAUCAAGGAUUUGCUUAACGAGGCCACCUUCGACUGCAGCGAUUCGGGGAUUCAGCUGCAAGCCAUGGACAACUCUCAUGUGUCUUUGGUGUCGCUGACGCUGCGAUCCGAUGGAUUUGACAAGUUCCGCUGUGAUCGCAAUCUUUCAAUGGGCAUGAAUCUGGGAAGCAUGGCCAAAAUUCUGAAGUGUGCCAACAACGAGGACAACGUGACGAUGAAAGCGCAGGAUAAUGCGGACACAGUUACCAUCAUGUUCGAGUCGGCUAAUCAGGAGAAGGUCUCCGACUAUGAGAUGAAACUAAUGAAUCUCGAUCAGGAGCAUUUGGGCAUACCGGAAACGGACUUUUCUUGUGUAGUCCGUAUGCCGGCCAUGGAGUUUGCUCGCAUUUGCCGUGACUUGUCGCAGUUCAGCGAAUCGGUAGUCAUUUGCUGUACCAAAGAAGGUGUCAAAUUCUCGGCCAGCGGUGAUGUGGGUACUGCCAACAUUAAGCUGGCCCAAACUGGCAACGUGGAUAAGGAGGAGGAGUCCGUCACCAUUGAAAUGCAGGAGCCAGUGACGCUUACAUUCGCUUGUCGCUACCUGAACGCCUUCACAAAAGCCACUCCAUUGUCCACCCAAGUGCAGCUGUCGAUGUGCGCAGAUGUGCCCCUGGUGGUGGAGUAUGCAAUCAAGGAUCUGGGCCACAUACGCUACUACCUGGCGCCCAAGAUCGAAGACAACGAGACAUAAGGCAGGAGUAUACUGUCUCCUCUCAUAUUUAUAUCACUUUAUGAAUCAUCCUCCCACGUACAAGCUCAUACCUAACUUUUAAGAAUCAGCGAAACCGCUUCUUUUGCUCAAUAAAAACAAACCUGUAAUAAUAA